CUCUUAUCAAACACUUCUCCUCUUCUGUGUUGUACUUGUAGGGUGGGGGCAGUCCAACCUCUUUACCUUCCACCAUUUUCCUCUCCCUUUUAAACUUCAUUUCUUAAUCAUUCUCAGUUCUCUCACUUUCUCACAGAUGGAUGGCCAAGAAAGUAACCCACCGCCGCCCUUACUAUCACCCCUUAAUGUUCCUUUCCUCUUCCCAACUUCACUUCCCUCCUCCUCCUUGCAUCCUCCUUUACAAACUCAAAAUAUUCUCCCCGAUAUCGAUUGGGUUAGCCUCCUCUCCGGUCAUGAGAAUAAGCUAAUGAUUGAAAGCGGUUCUAAUAAUUUAAUGUCUGAGAAUGGAGCCGAUCAUCAUCAGGAUGCCAAGGGCGCCAAUAUGGAUAAGAGGAAAGGCAGUAGGAUAAAGAAGACAAGCCGGCCUAGGUUUGCUUUCCAAACCAGGAGUGAAGAUGACAUUUUGGACGACGGUUACAGGUGGAGAAAGUAUGGUCAAAAAGCUGUGAAGAAUAGCAUACAUCCAAGGAGCUAUUAUCGGUGCACGCAUCACACAUGCAAUGUGAAGAAACAGGUUCAAAGGCUGUCCAAAGACACCAGCAUCGUGGUGACCACUUACGAAGGAAUUCACAACCAUCCCUGCGAAAAGCUUAUGGAAACCCUAACUCCUCUUCUCAGGCAAAUGCAAUUCCUUUCUAGCUUUUAGUUUCAUGUUUGCUGUGAUAUCAAUUAAGCUUUCUGUUCUUCUCAUACGCAUAAACUGCUUCUUUUUUUCCAUUUUUAUUUGCAUGUAAAAUUUGGAGUAUAGAAUCAAUUGUAAUAAACUUGUUUCGUCUUCUGUUUCCACUAUAA